GGGCUCUACUUAGCUCUAAACUCUUGCUGACUGCCCAGGCGUGAGAGGAGCAAGAGACAGCCAUAGCAGCCAAGAAUUGGAGCCAGACCAGGAGCCCGAGACGGAAUAAGGUUUGAAGCUGGAGCAGCAGCAGUAGCAACCGAAGAAGUGGGAAAAUGCUGGUUAUUUUAGUCCUGCUCACUUCCUUCCUUUCACUCUUGUAUGUGACAGCUCCAUCCAUCAGGAAGUUCUUUGGUGGUGGAGUUUGUAGAACAAAUGUGCAGCUUCCUGGGAAGGUGGUGGUGAUCACAGGUGCCAACACGGGCAUUGGCAAGGAGACGGCCAGAGAGCUGGCUCGCAGAGGAGCUCGAGUCUACAUUGCCUGCCGAGACGUACUGAAGGGGGAGUCUGCGGCCAGUGAAAUCCGAGCAGACACGAAGAACUCCCAGGUGCUGGUACGGAAACUGGACCUUUCUGAUACCAAAUCCAUCCGUGCCUUUGCUGAGGGUUUCCUGGCAGAGGAAAAACAGCUCCAUAUUCUGAUCAACAAUGCGGGAGUCAUGAUGUGCCCCUUUUCUAAGACAGCAGAUGGCUUUGAAACCCACCUAGGAGUCAACCACCUGGGCCACUUCCUUCUCACCUACCUGCUCCUGGGAAGGUUAAAGGAAUCUGCUCCGGCACGAGUGGUGAACCUGUCUUCAGUGGUUCACCUCAUGGGCAAGAUUCGCUUCCAUGAUCUUCACGGUGAUAAGCGCUACUGCCGUGGUUUUGCCUAUUGCCACAGCAAGCUGGCCAAUGUACUUUUCACUCGCGAGCUGGCCAAGAAGCUCCAAGGCACAGGAGUCACCACCUAUGCGGUGCACCCAGGCAUCGUCCGCUCGGAGCUGGUGCGCCACUCAUUCAUACUGUGCCUGUUCUGGCGACUCUUCUCUCCCUUCAUCAAGUCAGCACGGCAGGGGGCACAGACCAGCCUGCACUGCGCGCUGGCUGAGGGCCUGGAGCCUCUGAGUGGCAAGUACUUCAGUGACUGCAAGAGGACCUGGGUGUCCCCCAGGGCCCGAAAUAAGAAAACAGCGGAGCGCCUGUGGGAUGUCAGCUGUGAGCUUCUAGGAAUCCAGUGGGAAUAGCUUGUGGGAAGGCCAUGGCUGUAUCAGGCCCAACCCAUGCCAUCAUGAAAGGAGACCAAAGAGAAGGCCAACCCUAAAGGAUUGUCUUGUUGGCGUCUGAUGUUGCUGUGAAUGCUGCCUGUUCUCAUCCUCCUGACCCUCCUGGGAACCUUUAAAUACACAGCCCUGCUGUGAAGCGGCAUGGCACAAGACUUGCACAUGUACUGACCAUUCUUGAAGAUUUAGAGAGUUGGCAAGCUUCUGUAUUAAGAGGACUGGGCAGAUCCCAGGCUGGACGUGAGGUGUAUAUGUGGGAGGGAGUGUGGGAGGGGAGUGGGAGAAGAACCUAAGAAAUUAGGUCUGUUUCCUCAACUUCGCUGGAAACACUAAGUAUGUGAGUGCAGCUGGGGGUCCAGGUGCGUCAGCAUUGCAUAUUUCCAGGGGAAAUAUGCCUCAUAGUCUUGAUGGGCUUCUUUCCUCUUUGAAUGCAAUACAGAUCUAGACCCUGGAAUCUGGAUAACUCAGGAAAAUCAUGGAUGACUUGGACCAAAUUUUCUUCCAUUGGGAAGCUGGGAGCCACUCCCAGAUGUGAAGCUGGGCCUUCCCAUUUUCUGUCAUGUACAUGAUCUCCUUUUUCUAAAGAGUUCUCUUC